AUAUCAGCAGACUUUGUGUUAUCCCCCCCCUCUCCCCCCCCACUGCUUUCUUCUCCUGGCACGGACCCUGGCAGUGGAGAUUGGCUUCAGCGGAAGCUUUCAGCCGAGAUCGGCUGCGAUGCUGCACAUCCGCGGCUUUCUUAAAAUACAUGCUCCCAGCGUUGUUUGAGAGCGGGUUUUCUUGUGCGCGCACCGUUCUUCCGACUUUAAUACCUUCGUUAAUCCUACUAGCAAAUUCAGAGUUAAUUUCGAGCAGAAAAGCCGUCGUUACAGCCGCACCAUCAUGUCGGAGCCUUCGAAGCUACUACUGUUCCUCGCCUCGCCGCGCUUGCUGCCGCUUCUCCUUGCAGUCGCUCUCAUCGUCGCGUUCAGUCCGACUGCCACUGCUGACUCCUAUCACUUUGCGGAGCUGGUCGACGGCGAGUCCCGAGCGGUUAUUUACCUCAAACUGAGCUUCUACAGCAACGCGUCAUUCAUCCAAGCGCAGUACAAGAUCUUCGCCGCGCUGCCCGCCGGCCCGCCCGCCUACAUCACCCUGGCAGGCACAGCCGUCCCCGGCUGCGACCCGUCCAAGUGCAGCCUGCCGCCUCCCGCCCCUGCCUACGGCCAUGCCGUGUGGGCCCAGCCGGUGCAGUCCGUGUGGGUGGCUGAGGGCACGUUCUUCAGCAUGGCUGGCACUGACCCCGAGCGGUACUCGGCGCUGCUGCAGCUCAUCGACAACUCGUUCCUGUUCCCCGGGGUCGUCAUGGCUUACCCCCAGACGACGGGUGGUGGCCUGCGCCCGGUGAUGGGGCAGCUUCGGGUCGACGCCACGCAGCGAUUCUAUGCAGCUGGCCCCAUCCCAGCAUACGUGCAGAACCCUCAAUACUCGGUUCGCUUCCUCUCCUACAUGCCUGGCGGCGCCAACAUCUCUCUCUCCUACAGCGACGAUGGGCUGUACUUCCAAGUGAGCUUCAUUUUCGUCGUGGUGGUGCCGACUGAGGAGCCCGUCGCCACCAGCAUCAUCGUCAACCUCCAGGAUGCCGUGGCACCCCUCAGCACCACCCCCGCUGGAGGGUGCUCGGCACAGAAGGAGAAGGGGAAGGAGAAGGAGAACAGGAAUAACAAGGGCAAGAGCAAGGAGAAGGGGAAGGAUAAGCCCACAUGCGACAAGAAGCAUAGGGGGAAGAAGGGGGAGGAGGAUGAGUGCUGCGAUGAUGGUGGUGCUACUCCCCCGCCGCCCAGUAUCUCUACCGUGUACCUCUUUCUCUACAGCAACAGUGCGCCGUGUGACCUCAGCUGCCCCUCUGUCAUCGUCCACUACGCCGCGAGACAGUGGUAUUUCAAUGGGCUUACUCCAGAGGCACUGGCUGCAGAUCCUACCCGCAAGGCCUUGUUGGCACUUUCGCAGUUUGCGUUUAUGGGUGACAGAGGUCAGCUGGUGAAUGCCACGAUGAAGCUAGCGGCCAUCGACCAGCCCAAUGGCCCCAAUAACCUCUUGCAACGUGUUAUUUGAUAGCAAGGUGGGAAGAUGCGCCCAGUCUGCCUAUGAAUGAAUAUAAUUUUUGAAUCAAGGAGAAGGGGAAUAACAAGGAGAAGAGCACGGACAAGAGGAAGAAGGGGAAGGAUAAGCCUAAGCUUGCCAAGAAGAGGAGGAAGACAGGGCAAGAGCAUGAAUGCCAAUAUGAUGGUGGUGCUACUUGUUGGACUGAGAAAAGCCCUAGGAUGUUUUCAGAAGGCUAAGUCCUUGUAACAGAGUGCUUGAUACCAUA